UAGCAACGGCACUAGACCAGCACUUGAUCUAUCGACAUUACGGAUAAUACCUGCAUUUGAAGCUAGUUGCGAAAGUUCGCUGCCAUUUAUAACGAAGAAAAUAGAAACUAUGCUAUUUAUAAAACACAGCCAAUUUUUUUGGCCGUAAAUGAUUUGUAUAAACUGAAUAUUCCAAAAUUAAAUCAAACAAACGUGAGUGGGCCGAAAGUUUAGUGUGGUGUGGCCGCAGUGAAUGAAAGAUAUCGCCUGUAUCCUGUACCACAUACAAGAAUCCUUUAAUUAAGCGGUUGCUAUUUAAUCCAAGGCAAGAAGCACCACUAAAUCGCGGUGGUUACGCAACCCAGUGUAGAUCGCUGUGGUGGUAAAUUAAAAGUUUCGAACUCAUCCGCAUCGUCAUCGUCUGAAGCCCCUUGGAGGAGCAGAGCAGUGCAGAGCAGCUGCAGCGGAUGCUGCACCCUUGACGUGCUGAUCUGUCCUCAUUCCCCGUCCCGUCAUCCAGCCGCAAAUUAUUCUAAAUGCGGAAGUAUUUCGUAAAAAGAAAAGCUAACAAGUUGUACGAGAUCAGAUGCAUCAUCUGUAUCCAUCGCUGAAAGGCGAUCAGCUCUGCCCACUUGGCUUCCAUCCCCAGACCCGAUAUCCGACACGAUGUAAGCGCUGUUUCCGGGACUACAAGGAGCAUGGAGCCCGCAGAGCCGGAGAGGAGGUGGCGGCCUCUUCUCCCAAUCUCUCUGAUGCCCAAACUUCACGGCCCACAUCCCGGACAUGGACGUCAACGCAAAAUCUUUCCAGCUUAAACACAACCAAUGGCAAUGAUAUAGAGCUGAGGAAGCGUCCACAGUCCUGGGCCUCCACUCCGGACAUUGAUGAGCCGGACGAUGCCGGGCGACGACCACAGACGGCUGCCUCCAGCAGCAACAGCCGACCUACCGCUGCCGAGGAUCACAAUGUGGCCGUUACCGUCAAGUUGCCGGUUCCUCCGCGGCGUCACACAACCGCCCUGGAUAUCAAGGAGGUGGAACACGUCCUUACACCGCCACCCCGUGUCACAUCCUCACCCAGUAAAACUUCAAGUAUUCCAGAUGAGUUAGUCAUCCUAUCGACAGACAGUCUUGCCGAGCGUGUCCGUAAAAUGAAUCUCCUAAAGAAACAGCGCAGUCUCAACUCUCGAGAAAACAGUAGAGAGCGAUCCGUUCCGCGAAAAGAAGAGGAAAACGGAUCCGGAGCAGCACCACCACCGGUACCCGAUCGUCCGGAGCGCAGCAAGUCGGGAACUUCAUUGAAUCAAGCUCCUCCAUCCGAACAGAAACGUGCCGCCCUACCCCCCAAGAAGGUGUCUGUUGCAGCAACCACAACAACAGCCAGCAGCAGUAGCACCACCAGCAGCUCCACCAUAAAGACCUCCUCCUCCGGAACCAGUGAAGUGAAGGCCACCUCAUCAUCCAGUUCCUCGACCAGCUCCCUUACGGUUCGUCGAAAGGAACCGGAUGCUGUGUCCAGCAAGGAAAUAAAGAGACAAACCGUGCCUGCUGUCAGCAGCACAGUCACUGCCCAAUCCAAGGGCCAAGAUACACAAGGAAUUCAGGAACAAAUGAAGACCCUGAAAGCAGACUUGGAGGCUAUGAAGGCCAGGGCGGAGCGAGCAGAGCGGGACAAGAGCGACAUCCUGCUACGGCGCCUCGCUUCCAUGGACACAGCCUCUAAUAGGACUGCAGCCUCGGAGGCUCUCAAUCUCCAACAGAAGCUUAACGAGAUGAAGGAGCAGCUGGAUCGCGUUACUGAAGACAAGCGAAAGCUCAAUCUUCGCAUGAAAGAGCUGGAGAACAAGGGUAGCGAAUCGGAGCUGAAGAGAAAGCUUCAGGCUGCGGAGCAGAUCUGCGAGGAACUGAUGGAAGAGAACCAAUCUGCCAAGAAGGAGAUACUAAACCUUCAGGCCGAGAUGGAUGAGGUGCAGGAUACGUUCCGCGACGACGAGGUCAAGGCCAAGACGAACCUGCAAAAGGAUCUCGAGAAGGCCACCAAAAACUGUCGCAUCCUUAGCUUCAAGCUCAAGAAGAGCGAACGCAAGAUUGAAACCCUGGAGCAGGAGCGCCAAAGUUCCUUCAACACCGAACUCAGUGCAAAGGUGAAAAAACUAGAGGAGGAGCUGCGAUUCUCUAGUGAACUGACCAGGAAAUUACAGACGGAAGCAGAGGAGCUUCGCAAUCCUGGCAAGAAAAAGGCUCCCAUGCUGGGUGUUCUGGGAAAGUCUACGUCAGCGGAAUCUAAGAUUACCCGAGAGUCCCUAACACGUGGCGGCUCCCAGGAGGAUCCACAACACCUCCAGCGCGAACUGCAGGACUCCAUUGAGCGGGAGACGGAUCUGAAGGAUCAGCUUAAGUUUGCUGAAGAGGAGGCUGAACAUUUGAGGAAAAAGGUGACUCGUUUCGAGGAUGAAAAUGAGUCGUUGAUGAUGCAGUUGAAAAAAAUGGCAACGCGCUCCAGAAGUCGCAAACUUAGCCCCACUCCACAUCCUCAUCGUUUGGCUCCCGAGGUGCAUGCUGAUCGCGACGAGGGAAUCUCCGACGAGGACGACCCGGCUGAGUUGCGGAUUCUCCUGGAAUUAAACGAACAGGAGGCAUCAAUCCUGCGACUUAAAGUGGAGGAUCUGGAGAAGGAGAACGCCGAGUCGAAGAAAUAUGUGAAGGAACUUCAGGCCAAACUGCGACAGGACAGCAGCAACGGAAGCAAGUCAUCUCUUCUGAGCUUUGGAACCUCUACAAGUGCGGCCGAAAAGAAGCUGAAGACCCUUAACGAGGAAUUGUCUCAGCUCCGAAAGACAAUGCAGGAGAAGGAUCAGACGGUGGAAACACUCAAGGAACAGCUGUCGAAGGUAACCGCCUUGGAGUCAGAGAACGAGAAGUUGGCCAAGGAGAACAAGCGGCUCAUAACACUGCGCAAGGCCAGCGAAAAGGGUGGCGAGGUGGAUCAGAAAAUGAAGGAAUCCUUGGCGGUGGCCCAGCGCGAACGAGACGAACUGACCGCCAGGGUCAAGCGGAUGCAGUUGGAGGCGGAAGCCAAGUUACCGCCACGCAUAGCCAAGCGUGUCAACGACUUAACGCCCAAGAGUCACCUCAAAAAGUGGGUAGAGGAACUUGAGGAUGAGAUUUGUGAGAUGCGGGUGGUGCUCAGCUCAAAUGGAACUGACCAGCUCAAAGCCCUCCAAACCGCUAAGGGAAAUCUGGAAGAGGAGCUGCAGAAAUGCAAGCAGAAACUCACCCUGGCCGAGGGAGAUGUCCAGCGACUAAAGCUUCUGAACGGCACCAGCAGCAAGGUGACCGAGCUUGAGCAGAAGCUAAAACGCAGCGAUGAGGAUGCCAAGAAGCUGAACUCAAAGCUAAAGGACCUCGAAGAGAAGUUAAAGAAGCAGGAUGCACAAAUAAAGCAGAGCGAAACCAGCAAGUCCAGUUUGGAGACGCAAGGAAAGCGGGAAAAGGAGAAACUGGCCACUUUGGAAAAGGAUCUCGAGAACCAGAGCAAGGAGAAGGAAAAGCUUGAGGCAAAGAUUACCCAGCUGGACUCGGACCUGCUUAGCGCCAAGAAGGCGGCCGAUAAGACCAAGUCCAGUCUGGAGAAGGAAAUCAAGGACCUGAAGACCAAGGCCAGCAAAUCUGACAGCAAGCAAGUGCAGGACCUUAAGAAGCAGGUGGAGGAGAUCCAAGCCUCUUUGAGCUCGGAGCAGAAGCGCUACGAAGACCUCAACAAUCACUGGGAGAAGCUCUCCGAGGAGACCAUCCUAAUGCGGGCCCAACUAACCACCGAGAAACAGAGCCUCCAGGCAGAGCUCAACGCCAACCGACAAAAGGUCGCCGAUAUGGACACCAUCCGAGUCGAGCGCACCGAAAUGGCCCGGAAGCUGAACGAUGCCCAAAAGAAGAUAGCCGAUCUGCAGGCGAAGGUCCUGAAGGCGGCUAAUGAAAAUGGCUCCGGUGGGGAGUAUGAAAGAACCGUUCUUAAAAACAAGUUGGCCGAAAAAGAGCACGAAUACGAAAGACUGCGUCGGGAAAACGAGAUGAACAUCGACCUGGUGUUCCAGCUGCGCAAGGACAACGACGAUCUCAACGGCAAGCUGAGUGACUACAAUAGGAUCGAGCAGGCCCAGGUGUCACUGAACGGGCAUGGGGCAAGACGGGAGGCCGAGAUCAGAGAGCUCAAGGAGCAAUUAAAGAGCACUGAGCUACAGAUGAAGUCAGAGGUGGCUACCACCCGAUUGCGGUAUGAACAGCAGGUGAAGAACCUCAGCGGCGAACUGAACUCAAUGCAGCGCCAAUGUGAACGCUUCAAGAAAGACCGAGAUGCUUUUAAGCAAAUGCUGGAGGUGGCCCAAAAGAAGAUCGGAGACCUGAAGGCGAACAACACGGGCCGACAGAGUCGUGGCUCCAUGCACAGCAGCGACGAUGACGACAAGAGCAAAAUUGCUUACCUGGAACAGCAGAUCGGUCACUUGGAAGAUCAGUUGGUCGAAUCUCGCCUAGAGUCCAGCAAGAUCAAAACCGAGCUCGUCUCCGAGCGCAGUGCCAACGAAAUUAAAAUCUCUGAGAUGCAAUCGAAGCUAAACGAGUUCGAAGAGGAACGUGUCAUUGGAUCGGGAAGCACCAAGCUGCCUGGCAUGAAGACAAAGCUGGAGCUGUCCUGGCAAAAGGAGCGUGAGGAUCAGCAACGACUGCUCCAGGAAACCUCCACACUGGCCAGAGAUCUGCGACAGACACUUUUCGAAGUGGAACGUGAACGAGACAAGGAGCGUUUGGAGUCCAAACGGAAGCUGGACCAAAUCAAGCGGGCCACCGAGGAGGAGAUGGAGGAAGGUCGCAAGAAAAUUGCCGAGCUUCAGUGCGAUCUCCUGGAGCUCCGCGAUGUCCAUGCCAAGUUACGCACCUCCAACGAAAAGUUGCGACGAGAGCGUGAACGUUACGAAAAGGAGUUAAUCAAACGCCGCAUGGAGGCCGAUGGAGGUGACAGAAAAGUGGGUGCCCUCUUGCAGACUGUCGAUGAGUUGGUGAAGAUUGCUCCAGACCUAAAGCUGGGCAGCAGCGGGGGAUCAUCGCGUGGCAGUUCCGGAUAUGACAAUAACCUGCGUCCGGAACAGCCUAACGUUCGUCGCAGCCGCUCUCCAUCGCCCACACUGAGCCACUCACAAAUCACUAGUGUUCUGGCCCGACUGGCCGAAGCUUCCGAAGAGCUGCGAAAGUUCCAGCGCCUCAACGAGGACGAACAGGAACGGAGUCGAAUACGGAGGGGCAAUUUGCGUCGGGCUGCUUCACAGGAAAACGAUCAUCAUGGCAGCACCAGUUCCGUGGCCAGUGCGGCGGGAUCGCAGCGUGGUGGUGGACGCCUGUCCAGGAAUUCAUCCAACAAUGGCAGUCUGAUUCGCAAGAGCCUGUCACUGGAUCACUCUAUACAAAGAGAUCAGAACAUUUGGCGGCAGGACGACGGCAGUGUCUCCUCAAUGCAAUCGAUUGACUCAGAACUGGGUGGCUUGGUACGAGAUUCCAGUUUGGAUUCACGUUUAGAUUCGCGUCUAUCCGGCGGAUCCACCCAGAGCGAUAUACCCCGAGGACCUCGCAAGAAAAAGAAGGGAAUUAUGGGCAAGCUGCGCAGCCUGACCAAAAGCAGUCGCAAUUCCGAGAGUGAAAUUUCAAUUCAAGGAUCUGACUCAGACAUCAGUGUUGCCAGCGACAUGAGAUCAAGCAAAAAGGAUCUACGCGGGCGGCUCUCCGGUAUGUUCAAGCGUUCCGGCUCCAAUUCUCGCAGUGAGAGUAUGGAGCGGGCUGGAUCCGAGCAGAGACCCGUUGCUGUCACUGUCGUGGGCCAUCCGGAUGGACCGCAACCGCGAGAGCCGCCUCCUGCCAACUCCCUCACACCACGACCCAUUCGUUCUAUCCCGAAGCCGCCCAGCGGCGGAGUACCCACCACGCCGACCACAAGACGACGCAUAGCCAAGUAGUCAUCACCGAUUUAUGGAUUUCGACCUCAUAGGCUUCAUCUAAUCCUAGUUGUAGGCGUUCGUUUAACCCUCGCCCUCAUUCGCUUCCAAAUUCAAGCUUCUACUCAUGCCAUACCUUCAUAUUUAUUUGUUGUUUUUAAAUACUUUAAUAAAUUUUAUUUUAUAUUAUUAUCUCAAUCAAAAUAAAGUCAUCUUCAAAUAAUCCAAAAA